AUGACAUCUGCUUUUAUAAUCCUAUUCUAUAUUUCUUGCUAUUUUCGAAUCGCACGUAUACACUUACUUUAUUUUGUUUUCAACGACAUUUCCAUUCCUUUUCAUCAUUCUUCUUCUAUGAAUAAACCAUUAUCUGCCCAAGUGAUAUUCCUCUAUAAGCAACUCUCUUCUUCAAGAGAAUCCUUGCAAGGAAAUAAAGAAAUCGUACACACGGUAAUAAACGUGAUGGAUUCACAUACAGACGAAUCAGAAGUUUCAAUGCUUUAUAAUGCCCACGAUAGAUUUUCAGAUUCUUCUAUAUUGGAGUCUUCUUCGUAUCUCACUACCGAGGAUUACUACGAAGGAUACUCACAUUUUUUGGAAAAUAAACGUAUAGUAGGUGACUCAAGCAGAAAUUGUAGUAGAUCGAAUAGUGUACAAAGUUGUUUAAAUACUACAAAUGAUGGAAUAACGGACUCUUCGCCAUGCGAUAAACAUCAUCAUAGAAGAAAUUCAGUCGCAGUCAAAUUUAAUAAACCUGAUUAUAAAAAAAUUCUAAUAUAG